AUGAUUUCGGGAGCAGUCGGUACGUUCACUGGUGAGCUGGGUGUUGGAAUACACACCACAGCUAUUGGCCAGCAGUGGCGGCAGAGCGGCCCCGCCGCCAUCACUCGCGUCCCCUCACGGCGGGGCCAAGGGGCGGGGCCUGACGGGGCGGGGCCUGGACGACCCGAGGGGCGUGGCCAAGGGCUGUCGCCUUCCCUCCCCCCCAAUGGGCGGGGCCGGGUAUCCCCGCUGCCCGCCUCUGUCGUUCGGGGCGAGUCCAUUGCAUCCCGCGCGGGGGGAGAUCCGGACCCGGAUGCUGUCUGCAGGUAUAUGGUUGACAUCAGUGUUAUCCAACUUCUGAAAGCUGGGAAAGCAAAGGAAGUUUCUUACAAUGCACUGGCCUCACAUAUUAUUUCAGAAGAUGGGGACAAUCCGGAAGUUGGAGAAUCUCGAGAAGUUUUUGAUCUCCCUGUGGUAAAGCCUUCCUGGGUGAUCUUGUCUGUUCGCUGUGGAGCUCUUCUGCCUGUAAAUGGCUUUUCUCCAGAAUCAUGUCAAAUCUUUUUUGGAGUCACUGCUUGUCUCUCUCAGGUUUCGUCUGAAGACCGAAGUACGCUGUGGGCUUUGAUUACUUUUUAUGGAGGGAAUUGCCAGCUGAGCCUCAAUAAGAAGUGUACUCAUUUGAUUGUGCCUGAGCCAAAGGGGGAAAAAUAUGAAUGUGCUUAUAAACGGGAAAGCAUUAAAAUUGUGACCCCAGACUGGGUACUGGAUUCUAUAGCUGAUAAGAGUAAAAAAGAAGAGACUCCUUAUCAUCCUCGUUUAAUUAUAUACGAGGAGGAAGAAGAGGAGGAGGAGGAAGAGGAGGAAGAAGCAGAAAAUGAAGAGCAAGAUUCACAAAAUGAGGCUAGUACUGAUGAAAAAUUAUCAAGCCCAGCAUCUUCUCGAGAGGGAUCACCUUUGGGUGAUCAAGCUUUUUCACCAAAAUCUACUACUGCUGAUAAGGCAAAAGGGGAACUGAUGUUCGAUGAUUCUUCCGAUUCCUCUCCAGAAAAGCAAGAAAGGAAUUUGAAUUGGACACCAGCUGAAGUCCCACAGGCAUCUGCAGCAAAGCGUAGGUUGCCUCAAGGGAAGGACUCCGGGUUGAUUAAUUUGUGUGCCAAUGUCCCACCAGUGCCAGGUAACAUUUUGCCUCCUGAUAUGAGAGGCAACCUCAUGGCUUCAGUACAAGGUGCCCAAAGUUCUGACCGCCAGGAAAUGAUGGCCACGUGGAGUCCAGGCAUGCGGACGUUAAGGAAUAUUACUAAUAAUGCUGAUAUUCAGCAGAUUAAUAGACCAUCAAAUGUAGCACAUCAGUCACAUCAAGCACAGCAGCAACAGCACCAUCCUCUUUUACACCUUCAACCUCAGCAACUUAUGCAGCUCCAGCAGCAGCAGCAGCAGCAGCAACCCCAGAUCUCCCAGCAGUCUUUCCAACAGCAGCAGCCUCACCAGUUCUCCCAGCAGCAGCAGCAAGUCCAUCAGCAGCACCAGUUCUCCCAGCAGCAGCUCCAGUUCCCGCAGCAGCCGCUCCACGCGCAGCAGCAGCUGCACCGCCCUCCGCAGCCGCUCCAGUUCCAGCAGCAGCAUGUGCUGCAACAGCAGCUGCAACAACUGCAGCAGCAACAGCUGCAACAGCUGCAGCAGCAGAACCUGCAACAGCUGCAACAGCAACAGCUGCAACAUCAGCAGCAGCAACUGCAGCAGCAGCACUUACAGCGACUGCACCAGCAGCAUCAGCAACAGCAAAUGCAGAAUCAGGCAGCGCAGCACUUAACUCAGACACCUCAAGCACUACAGCUUCCAGUUGCAGCCCAGCAGCCACAACACCACCAGCAGCAACAGCAGCAACUGCAGCAGCAGCCGCUUUUUGGGCACGAUCCAGCAGUGGAGAUUCCAGAAGAGUAUUUCCUACUGGGCUGUGUCUUUGCAAUUGCUGAUUACCCAGAACAGAUGUCUGACAAGCAGCUGUUAGCAACCUGGAAACGGAUCAUCCAAGCACAUGGUGGGACAGUGGACCCUACCCUCACAAGCAGAUGUACUCACCUUCUCUGUGAAAGCCAAGUCAGUAACAUGUAUGCUCAGGCUUUAAGAGAAAGGAAGAGAUGUAUUACAGCACACUGGCUGAAUGCAAUCUUGAAGAAGAAGAAGAUGGUCCCACCUCAUCGAGCCCUUCAUUUUCCAGUGGCAUUUCCACCAGGAGGAAAGCCAUGCUCUCAACAUAUAAUCUCUGUGACAGGAUUUGUUGACAGUGACAGAGAUGACCUCAAGCUCAUGGCCUACCUAGCAGGUGCCAAAUACACGGGCUAUCUGUGUCGCAGCAAUACAGUUCUCAUCUGUAAAGAGGCCAGUGGGUUGAAGUACGAGAAGGCCAAGGAGUGGCGGAUCCCGUGCGUGAACGCGCAGUGGCUCUGUGACAUCCUGCUGGGGAACUUUGAGGCGCUGCGGCAGAUCCAGCACAGCCGCUACACCGUCUUCAACCUCCAGGACCCGCUCUCUCCCAGCCAGCACCUAGUGCUGAACCUGCUGGAUGCUUGGAGAGUCCCAUUAAAGGUGUCACCAGAACUUCUAAUGGGUGUGAGGUUGCCUUUGAAACCAAAGCAAAAUGAAUCCAGUCUUCAGCCGUCUUCCAAAAGAGCAAGGAUUGAAGACCUGCCGCCACCUACUAAAAAACUCACCCCUGAGCUGACACCAAUGGUGCUCUUCACAGGAUUUGAACCUAUGCAAGUGCAACAGUACAUUAAGAAACUGUAUAUCCUUGGAGGUGAAGUAGCAGACUCUGCCCAGAAAUGUACCCAUCUAAUUGCCAGUAAAGUGACCCGAACUGUCAAGUUCCUGACUGCAAUUUCUGUAGUCAAGCACAUAGUGACUCCAGAGUGGUUAGAAGAGUGCUUCAAAUGCCAGAAAUUUGUUGACGAGCAGAACUUUGUGCUCAGAGAUGCUGAAGCUGAGGUGCUUUUCUGCUUUAGUUUAGAGGAGUCUCUAAAGAGAGCCCAAGUAGCUCCACUAUUCAAGGGAAAAUAUUUUUACAUUACACCCGGAAUUUGUCCCAGUCUUUCCACCAUGAAAGCUAUUGUGGAGUGUGCAGGAGGAAAAGUAUUAUCUAAACAACCUUCCUUUCGAAAACUCAUGGAGCAUAAGCAGAAUAAAAGUUUGCCGGAAAUAAUCUUGAUUUCCUGUGAAAAUGACCUUCAUUUGUGUAGGGAAUAUUUUGCACGAGGCAUAGAUGUCCACAAUGCUGAGUUUGUCCUGACUGGAGUGCUUACUCAAACACUGGAUUAUGAAUCAUAUAAAUUUACUUGAUGGAUAGUAAAAUGCCUUACUGCUCCGGAAUCCUUGGAGCAUUAUAUCUUGCUAUUCAGCCAUUGUACAAAGCAACUAGAACUUCCUGUGGAUGCUGUUUUCCAGCUGUUUUCCUAGGGAUGAUGAGCAGUUUAAAGCAGGAAAGCAAAAAUAAACUGCAUCUUUUUUAGGAUGUGUAAUUUUAUUAUGCUGAAACAUAAUUUACUAUGUUUUGUAUUAUACUAGCAUUUUAAAAGAGCCCACUUUAGGUAUCAUGAUGAGCCCAUUUUUAAGCAUUUUAAAAUAAAUUAUGGUACUUCAGCCAAAAGUGUAAUUUGGAUGUAAAAAUAAAAGGGCUUGCUAUCUAUUAAAUUAUGGAUGUUGAAGAUGAAAAUGUUUUGUACUUUAUUUUUAUUUCUUAUACUCUAUUUUCUUUUAUAUUGAUAUUUUGCCCACAUUUGAAAUAAAUGUACUUUUAAAUGUUUUACUCUAUAUUUUAGUGGUCGUUCAUUUUUUUGAAUACUGUGCAACAAUAGCACUCUGGUAAGAGUAAAUUACUCAAAUCUUUUUCCAAGCAAUGUGAAAUUAUUUUAAACUUAUUUUACCAGGUAUGUUUUAAUAUAUGAAUCCCAGUGCUUUAAAGGGAAGUUGUUGUAAAUGUAUAUAUGUGUUUUUACUGAAGCAGAGAAGCAGUUUGAAGGAGAAACUAUAACCCUGCAUAUUCCACUGUUGUGAUAACUUUUUGUUUGUAUAGUGAGUUUUACUAAAUAAAUACUAAAAAAACAGUC